AUGGGAGCAAGUAACAGGAAGUUAGGACCUAGGCCUGAUGGAUGGAUGGGCAGUAACAGGAAGUUAGGACCUAGGCCUGAUGGAUGGAUGGGCAGUAACAGGAAGUUAGGACCUAGGCCUGAUGGAGGGUGAGAGUUGAUGCUGAGAGGCAGUAACAGGAAGUUAGGACCUAGGCCUGAUGGAUGGAUGGGCAGUAACAGGAAGUUAGGACCUAGGCCUGAUGGAUGGAUGGGCAGUAACAGGAAGUUAGGACCUAGGCCUGAUGGAUGGAUGGGCAGUAACAGGAAGUUAGGACCUAGGCCAUGGAUGGGCAGUGAACGGAAAUUAGGACUGGCCUGAUGAUGAUGAGUAACAGGAAGUUAGGACCUAGGCCUGAUGGAUGGAUGGGCAGUAACAGGAAGUUAGGACCUAGGCCUGAUGGAUGGAUGGGCAGUAAACGAAGUUAGACUAGAGAGAACAGGAGUUAGGACCUAGGCCUGAAUGGAUGGGCAGUAAGAACAGGAAGUUAGGACCUAGGCCUGAUGGAUGGGCAGUAAGAACAGGAAGUUAGGACCUAGGCCUGAUGGAUGGAGCAGUAAGAACAGGAAGUUGGACCUAGGCCUGAUGGAUGGAUGGGCAGUAAAGUGAUAGUAGUGCGAGUACAGGAAGUUAGGACCUAGGCCUGAUGGAUGGAUGGGCAGUAAGACAGGAAGUUAGGACCUAGGCCUGAUGGAUGGGCAGUAAGAACAGGAAGUUAGGACCUAGGCCUGAUGGAUGGAUGGGCAGUAAGACAGGAAGUUAGGACCUAGGCGCUGGAAAUGGUAGGAUGGGCAUGAUGCAGUAACAGGAAGUUAGGACCUAGGCCUGAGUGGAUGGGCAGUAAGAACAGGAAGUUAGGACCUAGGCCUGAUGGAUGGAUGGGCAGUAAGAACAGGAAGUUAGGACCUAGGCCUGAUGGAUGGAUGGGCAGUAAACAGGAAGUUAGGACCUAGGCCUGAUGGAUGAGGGCAGUUAACAGGAAGUUAGGACCUAGGCCAUGAUGGAUGGUAGCAGUAACAGGAGUUAGGACCUAGGCCUGAUGGAUGGAUGGGCAGUAACAGGAAGUUAGGACCUAGGCCUGAUGGAUGGAUGGGCAGUAACAGGAAGUUAGGACCUAGGCCUGAUGGAUGGAUGGGCAGUAACAGGAAGUUAGGACCUAGGCCUGAUGGAUGGGCAGUAACAGGAAGUUAG